AUGGUCAAGUUAUACGGUUUUUCCUCUUCCACAUGCACGCGCCUUGUCGCUCUCGUCUGCAAGGAGAAGAAUAUCCCAUACGAGUUGAUCCAAGUCAACUUGGCCAAAGGUGAACAUAAGCGACCGGCUUUCACUGCGAAUCAGCCUUUCGGACAGGUCCCAUACAUCGAUGAUGAAGGGUUCAUUCUAUACGAGUCCCGCGCGAUUGCAAGAUACCUCAUAAAGAAACACCCCAACGAGGGCACUCCCUUGAUUCCCAGCGACCCCAAGGCUGAAGCCCUGUUCGAACAAGCAGCCUCGAUCGAGGCGUUCAACUUCACCGCCUUUGUCGCGCCAAUUGUCGCUGAAAAAGUGUUCAAUCCGCGCCGUGGUUUACAACCAAAUGAAGAGCGUGUCAAGGAGCUGUUGGCCAGUCUCCAGCCCAAGUUGGACGCAUAUGACUUGAUCCUUAGUAAACAGAAGUACCUUGCUGGUGACUUUGUCACGCUCGCCGAUUUGGCGCACUUGCCAUAUGGCACUGCGUUUUACGGAGCUGGCUUUGCUGAGAUGUUUGAGAGCAGGCCUCACCUUGCUAGGUGGUGGAAGGACAUCUCUAACAGGCCUGCUUGGCUCGCCGUCAAGGAUGGCGCGUGA